AUGUCUGACUCUAUAAACUGUUUUUUUGAACAGGAAUCUUCUCUCCAAAAUAUUUGUAAUGAAAUGUCUGCUUCUUCAACAACCUUUCAACAAGAGCCACUGUUAACUUUACACUCUUCUACAAAUUUCAACCAACAUAAUGCCAAUAAUUCAACAGCAAACACAACUUCAGUUACUCUUGUAUCUAUCCCUGAACCUCCACCUUAUGAUGAAUUUGUCGAAUAUACUUGGAUGCCUGAAUUCUCUGCAAUCUUUCAAUCCGAAGAUUUCGGUCAACCACAACAAUUAUUAAAUCCAGAAGAUGAAAAAUUUAUAUUCGGCGAUUUUCUUGGUAAUCUUCAAGAAGAUCCAAAUUACAUAUUUAAUCCUAUAUUGCCAAAAAAUAUGCCUGUUUUUCCAUCACCUAUCCUAGAUAAUGGAUGCUCUUCCUCCUCAUCUAAAAUUCAUAACAAUAAUAAUAGCAUUUCAACUUUAUCAUUGAUUGAUCAUGAGUCAUCAUUACAAAGUCCUAAAUUAAUCAAUAACAACAAUAAUAAUUUAUAUUUACCCUCAUCAUCCAAUAUUCCUGCAAAGCGUAAACAAAAUAAUGAUGAUGAUAAAUCAAGACGUCGUUCCUCAAUUCCAAGUAAAAAACCUCACAAAGAAUUAUUAACUGAAGAGGAAAAAAGAGCAAAUCAUAUAGCUUCUGAACAAAAACGUAGAAACACAAUUCGUGCUGGUUUUAAAGAAUUAACUGAUAUUAUACCAACGCUAAAAAAUGUUAAUAAUUCAAAAAGCACUAUUUUAUUUAAAGCCAUUGGUUAUAUUAAACAUUUAGAAAGGAGAAAUCGGAAUUUAAAAGAACGUGCAGGUUUAUUGGAGAUGAGGUUUGAAAUGGAGAUGAGACAAGGCGUAGCUCCAAUGUCAUUAGGAAAUAAUACUUAUGGUGAGAGUUGGGUCAUCAAAAUCUAG